GAGACAAGGUCAAACCAAAACAAACUGAUGAUGCUGGAGGAGAUCUGACGUUCUACUAGUGGUAAACAGUCGUUGUUUACUACUAGUAGUAAACAAACAGUCGCUUACUUUCACCGUUUUACUGUGAGAAGAAAACACAACGUUCAGUCAACCAGAGUCCAUAAAUAAAACAGGAAGGGAAGGAAGGAUAGAUGGAAGGAAAAAAAGGAAGAAAGAUUAGAUGGAAGAAAAAAAGGAAGGAAGGAAGGAAGGAUAGAUAGAUAGAUGGAAGGAAAAAAGGAAGGAAGGAUAGAUGGAAGAAAAAAGGAAGGAAGGAAGGAAGGAAGGAUAGAUAGAUGGAAGGAAAAAAGGAAGGAAGGAAGGAUAGAUGGAAGGAUGGAAGGAAAGGACAGAUGGAAGGAAGGAAGGGAAGGACAGAUGGAAGGAAGGAAGAAAGGAAAGAUGGGAGGGAGGAAGGAAGGAAGGAAAGGACGGAUGGAUGGAUGGAUGGAUGGAAGAAGGAAGGAAAGGAAAGAAGGGAGGAAGGAAGUUAAAGAUGGAAGGAAGGAAGGAAGGAAGGAAAGAUGGGAGGAAGGAAGGAAGGAAGGAAGGAAAGGACAGAUUGAAGGAAAAGAUAAAGGGAAGGAAAAACAAUAGAAAAGAAAGAAAUGAUGAGUGCAUAGAAAGAAGGAAAGAAAGAAAUAUGAAGGGAGCAAGAAAGAAAAGAAGAAAAUAUAAAGUGACAGAAAGUAAAAGAUCAUGAUGCUGCAGGAGAACAGAAAGUAGAAACCCUGAGUGUAGAACUAAAAUCUAUUUCUGGAUGUCUUUAAUUUUCCAGCUCAGUUUGUCAAAAUAAAGACUGAAGUAGAAACUCAAGAAGAAGAUGUUUAUUUAUAGACAGAAGAAGAGACGUAGAAAAACCUGUUAUUCAGAUAGCAGCAGACUGAACUAAAAGUCAGAGUUUUUAGUAUCAUGAAGGUCUUUUGAGCCGCGAUUCCACAAGCUCCUACUCGGCGCGGUGUGGCUCGGCUCGUCUUUGUUUGCGAGCGUUUCCAUAUGGAUUAGUGCAUGGCAUCAGGCACGAUUUUCCGUACCUUCUCAGCUGAGGUUCCAAGCGAGAUGAAGUGAGCCGAGAUGUGACGGCUACAUAGUGCAACCUAGUGCAGCCCACUGAUUGGACAGGGAGUGACGACACACGAGAGCGACUCCAGCACGAAAACAAAACCGGCAUUUAAAAAAAACUAAAGGGGAGCUGGACGGAGAAAAGUUUAUCAGGAGGUCUCUGAGCGGAUGGCCGCUCACAUAUACAGUAGACUGUAUAUAAAGAGGACAGAAGCAGCUUAGGGAGAAGCUGAAAAAGCUCAAAAAUGACUAUUGGUCCACCAAGGACCACAACGGCCGGCGUGGGUCAACCAGGAGGUGUUGGAAGAGGUUUAAUGGAAGCUAUUUACUGGCACCGCACCGCCAGCAACAGGAGGGAGACUCAGCUGCUGCAUUAUUGGAGACAUUCAAGAAUGAAUCCCUUUCCACAUGCGAAGCCCCCUCCACCUCCGUCAUGCAGCCCCCAGCUCCCCUGCCUCCUCUCCAGCACCAGCAGCGGCUCCUCUCCAGCACCAGCUUCAGGACCAGUACCAACUCGGACACCGACCCUGUCAACAUCAACUUCCAGCAAGAGGAAAAGGUGCAACAGAAAAUUGGACCUUCCAAGCGUCCUUGUGGAGAUGCAGGCCGAGAAGGAGCGGAACCAUGCCCAGCAUGAUGAGAACAUCUGGUUGCUCCUCAGCGAGGCGAGAGAGAAUGAAGCGGCCUUACAGCGGGAGGAGAUGGUCCAGAAUGCUGCCUUCAACCAGUCAUUCCUGGGUGUACUGGGGCAGCUGGUGCAGGCAGUGCUGGGUGUACUGGGGCAGCUGGUGCAGGCAGUGCUGGGUGUACUGGGGCAGCUGGUGCAGGCAGUGGGCAGCCAGAGUCCACCUCCCAGAGACUUGAGAUUUAGUUGUAUAUAGUUUUACUUUUAGCCCUCCACUGUAGGACAGGCCCACCACAGUUUGUACUUUGCACAUUGUAAAUAGUUCUGAUUUUGCUGCUGACUAAUAAACUAUUUUGUGACUUAUGUGAUUGCAUCAUAACUUUUCAUUUUGUCUGUUAAGACACUGGUAGGAAAAGAGUCAACAGUCUGAACCAAACAAUUCUGUAUUCCCUAAUAAUGCAUUUAUGUUUAAUGGGAUUUAACAUGUUUUAACACAAACUCCUUUAUGGUUCAUAAUUCCGUUGACUGAAUUACACCAAAGCAAUACUGAUUUAUCAAACUGGAAUAUUCUUAAAACAGCUGUUUUAAUGUUUUGGUGUUUAAUUUGUCAUGAAAUCUUGCUAACCUUCACAAAUAAAACAAUAGCACAGACACAUCUGCAAAAGGUACAAAAGUUUGUCAGAAUUGCAUUAAAGAAAACAAUAGCAGUCCGGGGACAGAAAAACAGAAGUAUAACGAGAAGAAUAACUUCUAACUUUUGCAUGAGACGUAGUGCAUCAGUGCAUCCUGU